AUGGGUGCUCAGCCGUGCAGCAGUGGAAGGGUGGCCAAACAGGGCCAGACGAGAGUGCGCGUAAUACACAUAGACCCAAGAGCCGAGAAUGUACAGGAUGCAGGUGGAGAGCAGGUUGCGCCGCUGGCGGGCAGCGAAGAGACGCAGGAAGCGUGUCCGGUGCCCUCGGCUGCAACCAUAGCAGCAGCAGCGGACAGCGACGCCCGAAUCGAGGCUAGCUGGCAGACGAGCAGCCAGCUCCGUUCCGACAAGCGGCGUGCCAAACGCCGCAGGACCGCCGCGGACGGCAACAUGACCAAUUUCAAGAGCUCUGACCGGUGGCAGAUUCCGCCGGGCGUCGCUUACGAGGGGGGAUUACCGCGGGAUCCGUCGGCGCGGAUGGAAGGGGUGUCGAGGCUAGCCAUGAGGCCAGAGGGAGCUCGCUUCGGUCUGGCUCGGGCCACAGCGGGCAUGAACUGGGUUCUCGGUUCUCAGCUGGAGCAUGGGAUGGGCAAGGACAAGGCGAACUGGCUGACGAGCUGCCAGGGCAGCAUCACGACAGCUUAA